AUGAUUUGGACAUUGCUUCUUUUUGGUAUAUGCCAUGUCGUCUAUUCUCAAAGUAUCUAUGACGACUACCAUUAUCAACAAAGCUUGAGCCAACUGGGUCAACAGCCUCAAAUUUUCAUCCCCUACAUACAGUCAUCACCAGUAGGCACCAUGAACUAUGUUCAAUUGGGGCCGAAAAACUUGACUAACCCGUUCGCUGCGGUCAUUGCAUCUCCGUCACUAUCUCUACCAGGUUCUCCUACACCGGCUUCAGCUGUGCCGAUUCCAAGAGAAUGUGGACCAGAAGAGCAAGAGAGAGUCCGUCAAUGUGCUGAUCCUCUAUAUCGGGUUGGAGCAUUAGCUGAAGAUGGAGGUAGCUUAUCUUGGCAACAUUUCUUGAGCAGGACGAGAGAAUACUUCACUGAUGUUUGCGACAAUUUCUUCAUUUUCGAUCUCUGUAUUGAGCCUUAUAAAGAUGUUUGCUUCGAUAGUUCUAAGGCAAGAUUCAGAUAUGAUGCUGCUUUGAAAGUUUUGGAUUUCAUUUGUAGAGAUGGUUAUGGAGAACUGAUGAGAAACUUUGAUUGUUUCACGAAAACGUUGACAAGAGCCGAAAUGAUGCAAUGCCAAGCGGAGAUGGUUGCCGAUACAAGAAAAGUCCCCCAAGGUAGUGAUGUUGUGACACGUAAUGCGGCGGCGUGCGGAGCUAUGAGAAACUACGUUGAUUGUGUGCGAUAUCCGGUUAGGUACGAAUGUGGUUACAGGGCUUGGCAGUUGAUCCGGGAGCUGAUAGUUAGACCAACUGAAGCUUUACUGCCUGGCUGCCAAUUGAACUCAGCUCGAAGCUUUUUGAGCCUCAAUUUUGUGAUUUUAUUUAUUGCUUGGUUGUACUUGUAA